AUGGUUUAUUCCAGAAAAAAGAUUCUUCGCAACCCUUAUCGAUUUGUAAAGAAGAAAAAACAAGCUCAAAGGCCUUACAACGCACUACAAGGGGAAAAUAUUGCUGCUCCAAACUCCAUCCGCACAGAGAGAAAGAGCCCCCCAACACUUGUUGACGUUUCUAUCAAGGCGGCAAACGUAUUGAGAUCAGUACAACCGAAUGAUGAUGCACGAGAGCCUGGAGUGUUUGGCUCAAAUUCCAUGUAUUGGCAAAGGCUGCCGUCUCAGAGUUUAUCAUUUGAAUCCGCAGAAAUUCUUACGGUGCAAGAGUGCACAACCAAUGCAGCAAUGUACCGAAACAAAGCAGUUCGGACCACGGGACUCUUCGUUCAACGAUCCCUCGAAAACGAAGGAAGUGUGCUCCUGAAAUUACGUCAUCCAGUCGAAGCAAAAUACCUUAAAGCAAAUAUCACGGGAUCUGGAAGGCUUCUAGUGCGAUCAAAAGCCAUCAUCUCGGAACCCAGAGUGUCCAUGCAACCAGACAUUGUUCGUAAACGAAAAGAUCCUUGGAUUGGAGGGAAGUUAUCGUCGAAGGGAUCCUCGAUUCUACAACCCAAUAGACCAGUUCUGCUUGAAGUAGAUGUGGACCCUGCUGUGCCUGGCCUUGGAGACCUUGUGGCUGGGUCAAGUAUGGUCAUGGUCAUUGGUACCUUGCUAGAAGAUGGAAGACUACUUUCUAGAGUUAUCAAGAGACUGGAACACUUCGACCCGGCAAGGCAUGACAUGUGCCUCAACGCAAGAAGGCAGAUGAUCUAUAAGAAACAACAUCGUAAUGCGAGUCAAACUUCCCAUCAGCUUAAAGGCAAGCAAAGUUCCCCGAUUCAUGGCUGUGGUCCUCCGCCAUAUGAUUCAUUCAUUUGA